GAGUCUGAUAUGACAAUGCGAUAUCAUGUAAAUUGUCAUAUAUAAGUACCAAUUAUUAUUCAUAGUUAUUUAUAGUUACAGGAGAUGCAUGCAUUAUAAAUACAUGGAAGAUUAUCACAUCCGCCUGCAUUUAUUCUUGCAUUCUAAUGAAACACUGUAUAUUAUACUUAAAUAUGUUUCGAGUUUUUCUGUUAUAUUCGUUCGUUUUCUGUCUUAGUGGACAAGAAAAUGUCCGAAUCGAUCAAGUAUUGAAGGACACUUUGGAUUGCAAGUUUAAAUCUAACAAAACCGUAGGUCUGACGGUGUCUGUUGUCAGAUCAGAUAAAGUUCUGUUUGUUGGAGGAUAUGGCUUUGUGGAUAUAGAAAAGAAGACGCCUGUGACAGGGGAUACACUUUUUCAAUUAUCAUCAAUGUCAAAAGCAUUCGCAAGUGUUCUGCUUACAAAGCUAAUAGAAGAGAAGACAAACUAUACAUUGGAUACAAGACUAAAGAAAAUUCUACAUGGAAAGGAGAUUUUCUACGACAGUUUAAGAUCCAACUAUGUCACUCUACGAGAUUUGCUGUCCCACAAAACAGGUAUCCCGAAACAUAAUGAGAUGAGAUUUGACACUGAUCUUACCCGGAAAAAUUUUAUAGAUCGACUUAAAUAUCUUAAACCAGAGGGUGUUUUUAGAGGUAGUUACAUGUACAAUAAUUUGAUGUAUGGAAUCGUCACCCGUCUUGCUGAGAUAAUAGGCAAAGAUAAAUGGGAGAACCUAGUAACCAAGCACAUAUUUGAACCGUUAGAAAUGAAUACAUCAACAUUUGCUUCAACAGCAGACCCAGAGAAGAUUUUGCUGGCAAAAGGAUACGUGGAAUAUUACGGUGAACUCCAUCCGGUUCAUUAUAACUUUACAAGGCAAUAUAGUGAAAUAUGUGGAUCAGUGUGCAUACUUACUACUGCCAAUGACAUGUCUAAGUGGACACGUUUCUUUCUGAAUGGAGGAAAGCUUCAAAAUGACACCAGAUUGAUUUCAGAACAGGCCUUUAAAGAUAUAACUACUCCUGUAAAUACCAUACCAUAUACUUACACCCACAAAUACUUCUCCACGCCGGAAAUACCAGUCACGAAUAUUCAAAGCAACUACGCACUGGGUUGGAGAACUGGAUAUUAUAGAGGGUACAGAAUGGUUGUCCAUACUGGCUCAACAUGGGGAUAUAGAGCAAUGAUAUCCUGGUACCCUGAGGCUGAUAUUGGCAUUUUUGUAGCAUUUAAUGGAAAUGAUCCAAAUUACUUAUACAGAUUAACAUUACAUAAUUAUAUAUUUGAUGUGUACACUGGUCAUAUCCCAUAUCUAAAUACAUCAACCAUAUGUACUUAUCCUGAACCAUGGUUAAAAUCUGACAUACCAAAAGUAAAACCUAAUUACCGAAAAGACAGAAAUACAACAAGAAAACAAAAAGAAUACAUUGGGAUGUAUAAACAUCAAGCCUAUGGUAAAAUUAAGAUUGUCAAACACACAGAGAAGAAUAAACUGAACUUGACAUAUGGUUAUUUGACAUUUGUGCUCUAUCCUUCAGAAACUAAGGAUGAGUUUUAUGGUGACACUACAGGAAUAUCUGUAAAAUUGUUAGAUUUUUACAAAUUCAAAUUUAAAUUCCACAAUGAUCAGGUGACCUUAACAGCGUCCAGCUUUCAGGAGCAGCCUACCUUUAUAAAAAAGGGACAACUGAACAACAAAGCUUAUCCUAUGUAUACAGCUUCUAUGAGUCUUCCUGUUGUGAUCUUCUGUAUCUGUUUGACAUUGUUUUGAAUCAGAUAUUUGCUUUUUGUUUUGUUUUAAUGAAACCUUAGAAGUGAUCAGCUGGCCCGAGAACACAGUUAGUUCGUAGUGCAUUUCUUUUAGACAAUAAAUUCAAAUUAAAAAAAUCGCGCCUCCUCUAUCUCAAAAAGAUUUUUACUGUGUAGUGUACUACUUUUGGAACAAAUAAUAUCAAAAUUUUACAAAAGUCUGCCAGAUCUAACUCAAAAUAUUGACAAUUCUAUGUUAAGGGGGUCUACAAUUCAGUUUGACAGCUUCAACAUACUAAUUUUUGACCUUUUUUAACUGGACCAAAUCACUUCUUUACAUAAUAAUUCAUCACCCAAUUUUUUUAAACAUGUAACUUCAUCCCACUACUUAAUAUUUCAUGCAUAAAAUAUAAAGACAUAAAUUUGAAAAGUGUAUGAAAACAAUUUACAAGUUAUACACUGUCCACACUAAGGACUAUAUUUGAAUACAACGAAAAUAAAAGGACGAUAACUGUGUCCUCGGGCCUAAUAGGAUAGAAAGACAUGACUAAAUCUAAUAAAACUUUGCAUACUCUAAGAUUGGUAAAUUAUAAGAUAGUUGGCAAAUUUUCAUGGCCAUAGGACAUAUAUUAAAGAAACAAUGGCCAUUCUAAUAAUGAACUUUAGAUGAUUAUUUUCGACGUUUAAAUCGAACAAUUUAAAUUAAGAUUUGGGCCUAAAAAAUUAAAACAUUGCAAAAAUUUGCUUUUUAAAUG